AUGGGAACCUCGUUGCCGGAGAUGGAUCCCGCCGAGAUAUACACCGCAUCAGACACCAUGGAUUCCUCCGCAAUAUUUCACACAAUCAACGACGUCGUAGGGUUCGUUCUUUACAUGCACCAGCAAAUUCCCUCCACUGUUCAGGAUAUGAGCGUUGAAUUCGAUUCAAUGCACUCCGAGUAUAAACAACUGGAGAUGGAUAUGGUAAAUGAAGUGAAGGCAUCGUUUAGGAGAAAGCAUGCGAGUAGAAUGAGGGAAAUCAAAGUAGGAAUAAAGAGAUUGGAUAAGUUGAUGAGUUCUCUUUCGAAUUUACAAAUUGCGCUUAAAAUGAUUAUCAAUGAGUGUCAUGCCAUAGAUGGGGUUAUUUUGGCUCUUGGAGGUAGCUCCCUUAGGCCUCAGAAUGUUUAUGUGUUGGAAUUUCCACGUCGACUUGAUGUUUCCAAUGCUGGGGAUGAUUUUGCUAGGAGCAAAGCUGCAGAGGCUCUUUGCAGAAAGGCAAUUCGGACAUUGAUAUCAAAGGAUGCUGGGUCUGUUACUUAUCCUGGUCCAAACAAAUUGUUUGUAUUGAUUAAAGCUCCUUCUUCUUUCAACCAACCCCAGCAUUUUCUGCCCAAACGCGAUUUUAAGUACAACAGAAAGAUUGUGCCUCUCAGACUGCUGUUUAAGUGCCGAAACCAGGAUCAAGAAGUGACUACUUCUACUUCAGAAGAUUUGAUCUGGUUUCAAUGCCGGCAUGUAAUAAAAGGCCUUGCAAUGAAUGUAAUGCCAGAAGAAUGA